AUGUACCGGGGAAUCCAGCGGGCGCAGGGGAAGCGAGUGGUGGACCACGGCAGGGAAUUCACGCUCCUGGUCGAGGUCAGCUCGGCGGCGGAGAUCGACGGGUUCGCCGACCACAGCGACGUCGGCGCCGAACAGCGGAGGUACCGGCUCAACAUAUGGGUCGACCCGGCGUCCCGGUUCUCGACCAGUACGGUCUGGACCUGGACUGGCCCGACGUGGAAGCAGAGCUGUAAGAUCCCCGUGGAGAUCGGGUCGUCGGAUUACGACGGGACGCUGAGCGUGGAGGUGGAGCGGGUCGGCCGGCCGGAUUGCGGGUCGGGUCGUCCCGACCCGGGAACGUCGCACGGUCGCGCCGUCGUCGGGAGGGCGAAGGUGGGGCUGCCGAAGUUGGGGGAGGAGAAGGGAGGGAGGUUUGGGCUCGUGAGGGCCUGCGGUGGGGAGUGUAAAGCGGAAGGGUUUGUGUUCUUGAACAUGAAGUUGGUUAAGCGGCAGAAAAGAGGUUUUGACGACGGAUUGAUUAAUUAG